AUGCUUCACUGUUGCAGCGAUGAGCAUCGAGCAGUAGCAGUUCAGCGUCACAUACAGAUCGAACAACGGCAUCACCACCACCGUCAGUUAUCAUCAUCAGCGGCGCCAACGUCGUCAUCAUCGUUAUCAGCGACAACAACAACAGGAGCGACAACAACAACAACAGCAGCAGCAACAACAACAACAACAAUACCGCCAUCUGCUAUUGUCCUACCAACCCAACCGAGCAUUACCGGAGCAGCAACUUCAGCAGGCACGUCGUCGCAAGCGCACGAACUUCUGACCUGUAACCAAUGCCCGAAGACAUUCAGUAGCCAGAAGCUACUCCAGCAGCAUCAACACAUGUUCCACACUGAUAAAGCUUUCAUUUGCGAGAUCUGCGGCAAAGCAUUUCGUUUCCGGUCCAAUUUAGCUGAACAUCGCUCCGUUCAUACUGCUCUCAAGCCAUACGUUUGCAAAUUUUGCGGUAAAUCUUCGCGGCUUAAAGGUUUGUUCUAA